UCAUGGUUUUCAAUACAUAUGCACAUCUUGUAUCAUCUGUUUUCUUUAUUGUCUUGUUUGCUCAUGCAGAGGCAUAUGACCCUUUGGACCCUACUGGUAAUAUCACAAUCAAAUGGGAUGUCAUAUCUUGGACCGCAGAUGGUUAUGUGGCAACAGUGACAAUGACCAACUACCAGAUGUACCGGCACAUUAUGAGCCCUGGCUGGACCAUGGGAUGGGUAUGGGCUAAGAAAGAAGUGAUAUGGUCCAUGCUGGGUGCAGAAGCCACAGAGCAAGGAGACUGUUCCAAGUAUAAGGGAAACAUCCCUUACUGUUGUGAGAAGAAACCUACCAUUGUGGACUUGCUCCCAGGUGCCCCUUAUAACCAACAAGUUGCCAAUUGCUGUAUGGGUGGUGUUGUGCCAUCAUGGGGACAAGAUCCUUCAGCUGCUAUCUCAUCCUUUCAGCUCUCUGUUGGGAAUUCUGGUACAUCUAGUAAGACUGUGAAAUUGCCUAAGAAUUUCACUUUGAAUGGUCCAGGACCAGGCUACACUUGCAGCCAACCGGUUACCGUGACACCCACACUUUUCCUCACUUCUGAUGGUCGUCGACAAACUCAAGCACUCAUGACAUGGAAUGUGGUAUGCACCUACUCACAGUUCCUAGCUUCUCCAAGCCCAACCUGUUGUGUCUCGAUGUCAUCUUUCUAUAACUCAACGAUAGUUACGUGUCCAACUUGUGCUUGUGGAUGCCAGAACAGAGAAAAUUGCAUCACUGACUCAAAGAUUCAGAGCAUUGUGGGAGAAAACACAACAACCAAUGGGCCAUUACUACAGUGCACACAGCACAUGUGCCCAAUAAGGGUGCAUUGGCAUGUGAAGCUAAACUAUGUUUCGUAUUGGCGUGUGAAGAUGAGCAUCACCAACUUCAACUACGGACUUAACUACACACAGUGGACCCUUGUUGUUCAGCAUCCAAAUCUCAACAAUGUCACUCAAGUUUUUAGCUUUAAUUACCAGCCGCUCAUGCCAUACAAAUCCACAAAUGACACUGGCAUGUUUUAUGGCUUAAAAUUCUACAAUGACCUGCUAAUGGAAGAUGGGCCAAAUGGUAAUGUCCAGUCAGAGAUGCUUCUUGAGAAAGACAUGAACACAUUCACUUGGGACAAUGGGUGGGCAUUCCCUAGGAAAGUCUACUUCAAUGGUGAUGAAUGUGUGAUGCCCCCUCCUGAUUCAUAUCCUAUGCCACCCAACUCUGCUAAUGCUAAUCCCAUUGCAUCAUCAACAUUGUCUGCCUCUGUACUUCUAAUAUUGCUGGUGUUUUGGUGAUUAUUUGACUAACAGAAGAGGAAAAAUAAAGAGAGGGCUAGAGUAUUUUCAAGGACAAGUGUGCAAUUUUCGCCAACAGGUAUGUUCCCAUUUAUAGUUGUGCAAAGAAUAGAAAGGGAUGAGGUACUGUGUUGACUUAGAAGGGCA